AAGAAAGGCAGGUCUCACCUUUUGGCUAGAACGUACAGGAGGAAGCAGUUGGGGCAGGACGGGCAGGUGCACAGAGCAGACGCCUGCCCUCUGGUUGUGGUGUGGGAGGCCUGGUCAGUGAGUGGCACCCGGGCCGGUGGUGUCAGGUCCAAGCCCAGUGCACGGGGGCGUGGUGGCAGGAAGGCAAAUUCUGGAAAUGCCAGGAGGGUUGGAGGACUGCCCAGGAGGACUGAGGACGAGGACAGCCGCGGGAAGGCUGGGCCCUGAUUCCAGAGAACAGAGAGGCAGUGCUUCUCUGCUCCAGGGGGCCGCCACCUUCCCCACAGGGACCUGGGUGGUGACGGCUGCUUCAGCGGGGCCUGAUGAAGGACGUCCACAUUGGAUUGACUACAAGACGACCACCAUCCUGCUGGACGGCCGGCGGGUCAAGCUGGAGCUCUGGGACACGUCGGGCCAGGGCAGGUUCUGCACCAUCUUCCGGUCCUACUCCAGGGGGGCACAGGGCAUCCUCCUGGUGUACGACAUCACCAACCGUUGGUCUUUUGAUGGCAUCGACCGGUGGAUAAAGGAGAUCGACGAGCACGCGCCCGGCGUCCCCCGCAUCCUCGUGGGGAAUCGCCUGCACCUGGCCUUCAAGCGGCAGGUGCCGACGGAGCAGGCGCGGGCCUACGCCGAGAAGAACUGCAUGACCUUCUUCGAGGUCAGCCCGCUGUGCAACUUCAACGUGGUCGAGUCCUUCACGGAGCUGUCGCGCAUCGUCCUCAUGCGGCACGGCAUGGAGAAGAUCUGGAGGCCCAACCGGGUCUUCAGCCUGCAGGAUCUGUGCUGCCGUGCCAUCGUGUCCUGCACACCCGUGCACCUCAUCGACAAGCUCCCACUGCCGGUCACCAUCAAGAGCCACCUCAAGUCCUUCUCCAUGGCCAACGGCAUGAAUGCCGUCAUGAUGCACGGCCGCUCCUACUCCCUGGCUGGGGGCGGGGGCACGGGGGGUGGCAGCAAGGGCAGCAGCCUGAAGAGGCCCAAGCCCACCCGGCCCCCCCAGAGCCCCCCCCAGAACUGCUCCCGGAGCAACUGCAAGAUAUCCUAGCGGGCACAGCCACCCACCACCCUGGACAGACGACUGCCCUCGGCUCCGGGAGCAGGGCCAGCCCUCUUGGGGUGCACGGAGGGAGCUCCGCCAGGCACGGCUCGGGCCCAGCACUGUCUGUGGGGACACUGGGCUGCCCGGCUUCCUGGGAGCUCUGGGGCUCCCGACACCCAAGCUGGGUGCAGGGAGGAGCUGGCCUUGGGCCAGGGCACGUUGGGUCCCGGGGGAGCGGGGGGCACUGGUGCUGCAGGGAGCCUGGGCCACUGGGCAGGGGGCGCCUUCCGGGAGGCCACGGGCACGAGCCCUGCCGCAGGGAGCUGCUCCUGGGGGCUGCACGGAAGCUUUGCUGCCUUUAUUUAUAAAGACAUUUCAUGGGUCCUGUAUGUUUUUAAGGCCAUCAGAAGAGCCCUGGUGUGGCCCUGUGGUGCCCUCCUGGUCCCCGAGGGACACGCCUGGGGCCACGGGGAGGGGGUGGGGCAAGGAGGGAGCUGGCUGCCACACUCCCAGUCACUGGGGACCUUGCGGGGGCCCCCCAGGUGCCCAGAGGCAGUGGGGGGCUCCUGCUGCACUGUGGCUAUCAUCUGGAGUGACUCAAGUGCCACAGUCGAAUGUCAGGUUUCACCAAGAGGGAGAAGUGGGGUGCCUGUGUGCUGCACCCCCCCCCCCAGGCCACCCCGGCAUCAGCGAUUUGUGCUCCUUCAGAAACUCGGAUCAGCACUUCCGGGUGGGAAACAGUUUGUGACCCUUUAAAUAUGUGACCCGGGAGGGCUGGGCCCCGAGCAGUCAGCUCUGCACGCAGACCUUGGGCGUGCCCACGCCACCUCCUGUCCAGGACGGGGGCCCCAGGGGACCAAGCGGCCACGCUGGACAGACCCCUGGAGCAGCCUGGCGCUCGGCAGGACCCGCUCAGCCCCACCCUUUGAAGCCCUUGGUGGCACCCUUGUGGGGGCCCUCGCCUGCCUCCGUGGGGCGGCACCUGCUCUGACUGCCUACCUGUGUGUCCCCAGGAGGCCACAGCCGAGUGUGGGCAGCCCUGGCCCGUCCCCGACCCCUCCCCACACACGGGGUCCUUGUCUCUGCAAUCAUGAGUGGAACCGGGGCGUGAGGCCCUGGUCUCUGCGCCAUCAACACUACCCUCAGCUGCUGUUGGACGUUUGCACCAUUCCUGUGCUCUUAGACCUGUUUUUAUUUCUUUGUACAGUAAACUGUGCAAAAUUCAACUGUGA